GACACUUUUGGAUCUAGUUGCCCACCUCCGUUGAAAACAUUGUAAUUAUUUGGAACUCGCGUAGUGCUUAUUUAGGAACGAUCACGUCUUCGGCUAUUGAACCGCGUUAUGGGGAUAGGUUUUUUUUGGCCACUAGUGAAUUUUGACCCUUCCCAGGAUCUGUAGUACACAGCCAACCAACCAACCAGUCAGCUUUCCCUGCUUGCUGUACUUUAACGGAAAACAACGGACACAAGAAGAGAAAACAACCGCAUUGAACAGGGCACGUCCUACCGGUAGGAGGCCACGCGGAAGACCCAGGACUCGUUGGGAAGACUGUGUCUCCCGGCUGGCCUGGGAACGCCUCGGGAUCCCCCGGGAAGAGCUAGACGUAGUGGCUGGGGAGAGGGAAGUCUGAGCUUCCCUGCUUAGGCUGCUGCCCCCGCGACCCGACCUCUGAUAAGCGGAGGAUGAUGAAUGGAUGGAUGGAUGGAUGGAUGGAUGCAGACAUACUGAGAAUGCUACUGGCAGUCACAAUGGCGGCAGCACAAUUUUCGAGCAGGAUGUCGGCCAGAGGGGGAAAAAAGAGGGCCACCAAGCUGUCUCGCUCUGCCCGGGCGGGGGUCAUCUUCCCUGUGGGCAGAAUGAUGAGGUAUCUGCGCACAGGCACACACAAGUAUCGCAUUGGCAUGGGGGCACCCGUCUACAUGGCAGCAGUCAUCGAAUACUUGGCAGCUGAGAUCUUGGAGUUGGCAGGGAACGCUGCACGAGACAACAAGAAAGGCAGAAUAACUCCCAGACAUAUUAAGCUUGCUGUGGCCAAUGAUGAGGAACUCAACCAGCUUCUUCGGGGUGUGACUAUAUCAAACGGAGGAGUUCUGCCUCACAUCCACCCAGAGCUGCUGUCUAAGAAGCGGGGAAGCCGUGCUAAAGUGGACAACCAGUCGUCAGUCCCGGAGAAGCAGGAACUACGCUCUAAGAGCACCAAACCCGUCAAAUCUGCCAAAAAGGUCAAAGGAAAACGAGGGCGAAAGCCAAAGAGCACAGACAAUGACAAAGAAUCUGUACCAAACUCCACAGUCGACGAUGGUCCGGGGGAUGGGUUCACCAUCCUCUCAGCAAAGAGCCUGUUCCUCGGUCAAAAGCUUUCCCUCACAGUGACUGAAAUUGGCAAAAUCGGAACAAUUAAGGUGGAGGCCAUAAUCAACCCAACCAAUGCAGAGGUGGACCUGAAAGAUGGUGUUGGCAAUGCUCUGGAGAAGGCUGGAGGCCAAGAGUUCGUGGAGGGAGUUAAGGAGCUACGAAAAGCCCAGGGACUUUUGGAUGUGGCAUCAGUGGCUGUAAGCCCAGCCAGCGGAAUGACGGCCCGCUUCAUCAUCCACUGUAACGUUCCUCAGUGGGGGUCAGAAAAGUGUGAGGAGCAGUUGGAAACGUCCGUGAAGAACUGUCUCUCUGCUGCGGAAGAGAAGAAGCUAAAGUCCCUGGCUUUUCCGUCACUCCCUGCUGGACGGAAUAGAUUCCCAAAGCCAACAGCUGCCCAGCUUAUCCUCAAGGCCAUCUCCAACCACUUUGUGUCCUCCACCAGCUCUUCUUUGAAAAACAUUUACUUUGUUGUGUUUGACAGUGAGAGCAUCGGAACAUACGUCCAGGAAAUGGCCAAGUUAGAUGCCAAGUGAGGAUUCUUAGUUGCUUUCCACAGAUGGCAUCAACCGUUGGUAACAGUUAAGGGUCUGUCUGAUGUAGCUUUUAGUGAUAUUAAUAGGUAGAAAUACAGGUGCUGGUCAUUUUAUUAGAAUAUCAUGAAAAAGUUGAUUUAUUUCAUUAUUCCAUUUAGAAAGUCAAACUUGUAGAAUGUAUACAUUCAUUCCAAACAGACUGAUACAUUUCAAGGGGUUUUUGCCAAAAAGGAGAUGAUUAUAGCUGACAACCAGUGAAAACCCUAAAUUCAACAUCUCAGAAAAUUAGAAUAUGGUGAAAAGGUCAGAUAUUGAAGACACUUGGUGCCACACUCUAAUUAGCUAACUAACUCAAAACACCUGGAAAAGCCUUUAAAUGGUCUCUCGUUCUGGUUCUGUAUGACACACAAUCAUGGGGAAGACUGCUGACUUCACAACCGUCCAAAAGAUGACCAUUGAUACUUUAAAGAAAGAGGGCAAUACACAAAAGGUAAUUGCCAAAGAGGUUGGAUGUUCCCAGAGCUGUGUGUCCAAGCACAUUAAUAGACAGCCGAAGGGAAGACAAAGAUGUGGUAGAAAAAAGUGUACAAGCAAGAGGGAUAACCGCGCCCUGGAGAGGAUUGUCAAACAAAACCGAUUCAAAAAUCUGGGGGAGAUCCACAAAGAGUGGACUGCAGCUGGAGUCAGUGUUUCAAGAACCACCACGCACCGACGUAUGCAAAAUAUGGGCUUCAGCUGUCGCAUUCCUUGUGUAAAGCCACUCUUGAAUAAGAGACAACGUCAAAAGCGUCUCGCCUGGGCUCAAGACAAAAAGGACUGGACUGCUGCUGUGUGGUCCAAAGUUGUGUUUUCAGAUGAAAGUAAAUGUUGUAUCUCCUUUGGAAAUCAAGGUCCCAGAGUCUUGAGGAAGACAGGAAAGGCACAGAAUCCACGUUGCCUGAAGUCCAGUGUCAAAUUUCCAAAAUCGGUAAUGGUCUGGGGUGCCAUGUCAUCUGCAGGUGUUGGUCCACUGUGUUUCCUGAGGUCUAAGGUCAAUGCAGCAGUCUACCAGAAAGUUUUAGAACACUUUAUGCUGCCUGCCCUGGCCAAUUUUAUGGAGGUGAAGAUUUCAUUUUCCAACAUGACUUGGCACCUGCACACAGUGCCAAAUCUACCAGUACCUGGUUUAAGGACCAUGGUAUCCCUGUUCUUGAUUGGCCUGCAAACUCACCUGACCUUAACCCCAUAGAAAACCUAUGGGGUAUUGUGAAGCAGAAGAUGCGAGAUGCCAGACCCAACAAUGCUGAAGAGCUGAAGGCCACUAUUAAAGCAACCUGGGCUCUCAUAACACCUGAGGAGUGCAACAGACUGGUCGACUCCAUGCCAUGCCGUAUUGCUGCAGCAAUUCAGGCAAAAGGAGCUGCAACUAGUAUUGAUUGCCGUACAUGCUGAAACUUUCCAUGUUUAUACUUUUCAGUUGGCCCACAUUUCUAAAAAUAUUUUUUGGUACUAGUCGUAACUAAUAUUCUAAUUUUCUGAGAUACUGAAUUUGGGAUUUUCAGUAAUUGUCAGUACUAAUCAUCAACAUUUAAAGAAAUAAACAUUUCAAAUAUAUGACUAUGUGUGUAAUGAAUUGAUAUAACAUGUAAGUUUCACGUUCUGAAUAUAAUUACUGAAAUAAAUCAACUUUUUCAUGAAAUUCUAAUAAUAUGAACAGCACCUGUAAUGUAUGUUAAGGACAUCCUCAGUUAUCUUUCAGUUGUCAAAAAGUGUCAGGACAAAGAUUGCUUUGUUGUCGUUUCAUAUUACAGUUUUAUCAACUGCCUGAUAAUUGAGGAUAUCAUGACAUGUACAUCGUGCUGUUGAUAUUUUUGUGGUUGUCCAUUGAAAACAUUGCAAUCUCUUUGAGAUAAGAUAUUUUUAUGAAUCCUUUUCUGUUUGUUGCUUUGUGCUCAGUGUUUCCCCUCGAUUUACAGCUUUAGAGUGGCGAGUGGUCAUCAUCGACACCAAACACGAACACAAUUCUAAUGCCAUUUCUCCUCCACACUUUUAUAGAUAGGGUGUGUCUGUGGGGUGGAUUUUGCUGACAAAAGAGUAGAGGAUUUAAGCUUCCAUUACAUUUCACAAUAUUAACCAAUACGAAGAUGAUCCACAAAGUCAACAACAUGACAUGUAAUUUAAUUUGUGCAAUAGUUCCUCCGCAGUCACAUUUCCAGAUUUAUAAUAGAUAGGCAAUACUUGUAAUUAAUAAUACAGAUAAAUACAAUAAUAUUAGAAAUACAAAGAUAAUCCACAAUGUCCACAUAAAGUAAUGUAAUUUAAUGUAGUCACUCCUCCAGUCACAUUUCAAACUUUCACUGUAGAAUGAUAGUACAUGUAAUAUAUAAUACAAAUAAAAACAAUACUCAUGAAUAAAAAGUUAUUCUGCGAAAUCAACAUAAAGACAAUCUAAUUAAUGCGAUCGAUCCCCCACACUUACAUUUCACGAAUUAUCGUAAUAGAAAGACAAUACAUCUUAAAUAGACUACAAAUAAAUACAAUAUUAACAUUACAUAGAAAGAUAAUUCACAAAGUAGUCAACAUAAAUACAUGUAAUUUAAUUAAUGCAGUUUCUCCUAUGCUGUCAUUUUUCAAAAAAACGUCAUAAUAGAAAGCAGUAAAGAGACAAAAUGCAAUACGAAUACAAAUGCAAAGCCAAAUAAUACACAAGGUCAACAUGAAGCCAGGUAAUUUAUUUCAUGCAAUUUCUCCUCCACACACCAUAAAGAAAACUGAUGAGAAAUUGUAAUCAUAACCACGUAGAAAAACAAAUGAAAAGUAAUCCAUCAACUGCUAUAAUAGUUAAUUUAUUAUACAGACUAGGGGCCUCAUGUAUUAAGUAAGACUUGGGCGGAUUUCUUUGAAAAAAUGACAGGUCAUCACAGGGAUUAAUAUUGGGAUUAUUACAUAAAGAAAUGUACUCACCAAGAAUCCACCAAUCGCGCACAUUGCCAAUAUUCUGUUCCCAACCAUGUUGUCGACUAGAAUUUAAGAAACAUGCAGUAAACCAGGCCACAUAGCUGCAAUUUUGCUUCGUUAUACUUGCGUAUAACAUAUGAUCUGUACAUUGAUCGAAUGAAAAUGUUUCCCUUCGACAUUGACAUAUUUAUCAUAUGGUGGUGUUUUUAUAGUGCCUAUAAGUGUGUGCAGUCAAUACCUCCGAUUACAUUAAGAAAACCGGGCGUUGCUGCAAAUUGUGAUUUAAUGUUUUCAUGAAUUCGAUAUACCUGGCUAACAUGCCGAUAAUUCCGUCCCACACGCUGACAUGGCUCGAUUGAGGCUCGCCUGGCACAUUCACGAUCGGCUGGCCGAGCUCCCUUAGGAAUACCCCGGUUGCGAGGAACCCCAUUGUGGUCAUAGCAUUACUAACAAUAUAUUCUAAUACAGCAAAAUAAGCCAUUGUUUUAGUGUGUUUUUUGCACCACGUUGCCUAUGCUUUUAUAUUGGUUUGUGUAAUUGCAUACACCAUAGUUAAUUGCUCUGAUGUGCACAUCAAUCAUUCUGAGUAGUAUUUAUUUAAACACCUCUGAGUGUCGCCAAAAUAUCCACCGCAUGUUGAAAUAUGCUUGCGACAGCCAUUAAAUUGGCUUGAGGCACCGCACAUUUCCAUGUUCAGUUCACUCUUGAUGCAUCUCAACUUUGCCGUGAAAACGUGCGUAUGCGUGGUUAUAAUAAAUAUAUGAGGCCCUUGGACUUAUAUUUAAGAAAUGUAGAUAUUGAUUACUAUUGUAAGUUUUGACAGGGUGCUUCUCUUUUGACCCGUGCAGCUUUUAUAGACUUUACCUGACUGGUUUAUCAGAUAAGGAAAAUGCACUGACCAAUUGAAUUAUAGUUGAGUCAAACUAAUUGAUGCUACUCAGCCAAUCAAAUAUGUGAAUUGCAGCCGCUAAAUAUUGCGAAACUAAAUACAGAGACAGACGAAUGGGGAGAUAAGUGAAGUGAGUGACGGGAGAGAAGAAAACAUACAGAGGAGGAGGACAGGGGGACGAGUAAUACGAAGUGAGAGAUACAAGGAAAAUACGAGCAAGACAAAGUGACAAAGACGCGGAAGAAUGAGCUUUCCAGAGUAAAAUACGAUAUUCAGGAAAAGACGAGAGGUAUGGAGUAAGAGAUAUGAGAAAAGACGUGGGGAUUGGUUGACAAAGUAAAAAUAAAUAGAGAUAGUGUACUCUCAGAAGAGGAAAGUCGACUGAAAAUUAAGCUUUUAACCCAGAAAGGAAAAUCAAAUUAAUGUUAUUCUUUCCCCUGGAAGCACAAAAUCAGUUUUUCUCGUUUGUUUUUGGACGUGUCUAAGUGAAACUAAGAGACAAAAGACUUUAAGCCAACAUACACAAAAGUCUGAAGUGAAGUAAUUGAAAAUAAACAAUAACAAUCCCGCAGAACCCUGCUGCCAAAUGUUAAACUAAACGCUUCUACUUAAUCCUCAGAAUACUCCAGUCGAGGCUUAAAAUCCUGGCAGUACAUACUAAAUAUGUUUUUAUUGCAACUACAUAUUACAUUGCAAUGUGUUAAUAUGGACAUUUCCUUCAACUUGAAUUUUAGUAGAAUACCCUGCUCUAUAUACUAUUAUCAACAGCUCAUGUUAUUCUAUUCUGUGUUAUAUGAGUUUUAUGUUGCACGAUUGCACCAAGUAAAAUUCCUAGUUUGUUAACCCGUUCUCAAACAAUGGCAAUUAAAACUAUUCUGAUUCUGAUCAGGAAUAAUUGAUUGAUUUAAUUUGUUGAAUAAUAUUGCCCAAAAAGUCAAUGAAUUGAGAAUUAUUUGAUAAUUACUGCCAAAAUAAUUACUUAUAUAUGUAGAUUUAAAAGAUAUAUAACGUUUAAAGUGGAAAAAAAGAGAAGAAAAAUGUUUUAGCCUCUUUAUAUUUUGUAUUUAACUUUUUGGAGUAGUAAAAUUGUUUGCGUUUUCCAAAAAAAGUUACAUCUUUGGCAUAUAUUGGUUUUAACAUGUUUAAUAAACAAAGAGGUGAAGGCCAUGUAAUUUUAAUGUAUGAAAAAGAAAAAACAUGCAGUGGUAUGUAUGAAUUCAAUAAUAUAUGGUUAUUUUUAGUUAGUUUGUUAAAACAACAAUGUAUAAACCUGUUCUAUAUGACAGGUACUUACCGUAUGUUGAAUUCACUUGACCUUCCUCGAAGGGAUCCAUCCAUUUCUACCGCUUGUCCCUUUUGGAAUGCCUAAUAUAAUUAUAGGGGAAACACUGUUGCUUGUUUGGCUGUUUUUACAUUCCAUGUACACAUAUAAGUUAUUUUCUUGGCUUCUGUAGUUUCUGGUACUCUAAAAACAAAGAUUAUGGUUGUCAUUCUGCUUUGAAAUAAAAGGUUUUGCAUCAUU